AUGUCGAUUAAUAAAUUUGGAUUAUCGUUGGGAACACCGAACAACUCAUACUAUCAAUGGAAUGGAUUACUAAGAAAUUACGUGCGCGAUAACGCUCUGUGUCAGACAGCCUCCGGCUUUGACGCAAGGUCGCGCAAGAUACGACACGUAGUGCAACCGGAAGAUGAUAUUGAUGCCGCAAACAAACAGUACGUGGAAAUACGUGUCAAGCUUUUGGAGGACAGACAGGAAGAACCUGAGAAAAAAAUAAUCACAUCCGAGACGAAUGUGCAAACGCUGCAAAUAAUGGUGGAUGAGAUGCAGAAAAUGCUUCGGUAUGCAACUCACGCGCAGACUACAUCUAAUUCAGUGCAGGAGAAGAAAGAUAUAUACAGAAUAUACGUGGAGGAAUUCUCAUUAUUGCAAAUUAUGUCUCGAUCAAAUGUGUCGCAAAAGACCUCUGAAAAACAGCUGCUAGUGGAAGAAUUGCAUGCUCCAGCGAGAAAAAAUUUCUCACGUAGACGUGUCAUAGUACGCGGAUACGACGAUCUGUGGCAAGCGGACGUGGUCGAGAUGCGUCCAUAUGCGCGAUUCAACAAAGGCUACAACUACAUACUCACAGUUAUCGAUGUGUUGAGCAAGUAUGCGUGGGCUGUAGCGCUCAAGAGUAAAAGUGGAAACGAGAUGUCGGAUACGAUCGCAGAGAUAAUUCGAGACGAUGGAAGAUGCCCGAAAAAUUUUCAAACCGACAGAGGAAAAGAAUUUUACAACGCAAAUGUACAGAAACUCGUGAAGAAACAUAGCAUUAAUCAUUAUUCGACGUACUCUAUCAUGAAAGCCUCAGUCGUGGAACGAUUCAACCGAACGUUAAAGAACAAUAUGUGGAAAAUGUUUACGCUUAAUGGAAAUUACAAGUGGAUCGACGCGUUGUCCCGGCUCGUUGGAGAGUACAAUGCGCGAAAACAUCGCACUAUCGGUAUGAGACAUAUCGAUGUUACCCCCGCGAUCGCCGAUAAACUUUUAAAUACGGUAUACAGCAACGUAAAGAUUGCGGCACCGGCAAGAUUCAAAGUAGGCGAUCCGGUACGCGUGAGUAAAGUCAAGACCAUCUUUAAGAAAGGUUACAAGCCAAAUUGGUCGACCGAAGUGUUUAAGAUCGUUAAAGUGCAGAAAACUAAUCCCGUGACCUAUGUACUCAAAGAUUCGCGCGGAAAUCCCAUCGCCGGCGGAUUUUACGAAUACGAGUUACAACGCGUUGCAAAUCCCGACGUACAUCUCGUGGAAAAAGUGAUACGCAAAAAGGUUGACAAUGUUUAUGUGAAAUGGCUGGGAUUUGAUGCUACACACAACUCUUAG